AAGGUUAGUAUUUUGAUGAACGUGUACGAGAAAAAAUUGAAAAUAUUUUCUCUUUGUAAAAUAUGGAUACAAAUGUAAGAAGAAGACGCUUACACAAAGCGAUCGUCGAUGUUCAAGCGAAUAUUUAUAAUCACGACGUAUCGUUAUACACACAGAUUCCUUUAUUAGAAAUUUCUCUUUCCGAAUUUGAAGAGUUGGCUUUAGAUCGACUGCAGUUGCUCAGAAUUAUCGAGCAAGCUUCUUUAAAAGGACCAAAGAUGUAUAGUGAGGAAUGGAAAAAUACGAUAAAAGAAGAUCUGUUGAAGAAUAAUCUCAAAAAGUUUGUUCGAUUACUAAACGGUUCAGGAGGACAGUCAACAAAUGAUAUACAAGCCAGGAGGGCAGACUAUAUUUCUCACUUUAUUUUACGUUUAACGUAUUGUCGUAGUGAGGAGCUCAGAAGGUGGUUUUUAAAUCGUGAGUUGGAAUGGUUUCGCCUGCGAUUUAUGGUUCAAACACCUCAGUCAAUUUUAAAAUUUUUACGUUUAAACAAGCUGGAGUAUAUACCAAUAUCUCUGAGUGAAAAGGAAAGAAUGCAAAACGAAUUAAUCGCUUCUAUUCCUGGAAUGAGUGAUGUUUUAUGUAACACUAGCGAUUUUUAUAAGGUCCCAUUUAUAGAAGUUAUCCCUUUAGUCAAGAAUAGAAGAGCAUAUUUAAAGCAAGGGUUUGCAUAUAUUCCAAUGUCAGAUCUGGUGGUUUGUAUUCAAUCAAGAUUUAGGGCAUCUUUGAGUGAAAGCUUGAGUUACAUUAAUCAUAAGUUGCCAUUGAUUGAUGAUGAUAGGUUGACUGACCUUUUAUAUAAUUUACAUUUGACAUAUACGGGGAAAAAUUACAAUUACGAAGCUAAUAACAAGGACGGCAUUGAUAUGGACAAUUUUGAUAAUAUUUCAAGAAAACAUUUUCCACUGUGUAUGAGACAUCUACAUGAGACUCUAAGAGCCAAUCAUCAUCUUAAACAUCACAGUCGUUUGCAAUAUGGGCUUUUCAUUAAGGGAAUAGGUGUUUUGUAUGAACAAGCUGUGGAAUUCUGGCGACAAGAGUUUACCAAAAUAAUGGACUCCACAAAAUUUGAUAAAAGUUAUCUUUACAAUAUCAAUCAUCAAUAUGGUAAAGUCGGAAAUAUGACCAACUAUUCACCAUUCAGUUGUAUUAAAAUCAUUAUGAAUAAUGUAGGUCCAGGAGAACAUCAUGGAUGCCCAUUUAAACAUUGGGAUGCUUCAGUUUUAAGGCAGAAAUUAAAUGAAUAUGGUGUACCAUCGGAAGGUGUUAAUUCAAUAAUCGAAUUGGUUGGAAGUGAACAUUAUCAGAUAGCUUGCACAAAAUAUUUUGAAUGUAUCCAUGGUCAACCUGCCACCAACAUCAUAAAUCAUCCUAACCAAUAUUUUGAGGAAAGUACAAAUUUGGCAAAGAUAAGUCAACCUAAAACCUGAGAACCCAAUUUGGACAUAUAAGAAAUGAGCACUUCCCAUAAUACUAUUCCUUUUAAAUGUAUAUAUUUUGUACAUACAUGUUUAAUAUUCUAUUUAAAUAAAUAAAUUAAAU